AUGGCUGGCCCGCAGACGUCGCAAGUCUUGAUGCCUUGCAGCAAGCCUUGUGGAAACUCGGAGAUUGACACGAAAGAGAACGACAAAGGAAAGAUGCAGCGGAUUUCUCACAUUUCUCACAUUUCUCAUGGUCCGUUGGUGGAAAAGAUGCCUUUGCCAGGCUUUGUGAAGCGGGAGCUUCAUGAGCAAGGCAGAUGUGAGCCGUGCCUCUUCAUGCACAAAGCUAUGGGGUGUUGGUAUGGAGACGAUUGUCGCUAUUGCCAUUUCUGCACUCCAGAACAAAUGCAAAAGAAGCAGAGCCGAAGAUUCUACAUGGAAAGGGCUCUCCGAAAGGACCGAAAGGAGAAGAAGUUCGACCACGCACAAGGACAAGGCAUUGAAAGCAAGGUGAAAGUGCCCAGUUGUGGCAUGUUGCAAUUCGUUGCCAUUGGUUGCAAGACGUUUGCAAUUGAGGGUGGGCUUUCACAAGCAGCGUGCAUCGAGAAGACGCACGGAUUUGGCUGGUGCCCCAAUUUGACCAUCAUCGACAAACCCGGUCUGCCGGAUCUGCCGGUGCUUGUCUCUUCCAAUGAAGCCUUCAACUUGGCUCUACCUGACUCCACGAGCACCACACCCUUCUUCUUCAUCCUCUCCCCAGGGGCGGAUCCGGUAAAGGAGGUGGAAGCUUUGGGGAAAGUGAUGAUUGGUUUACAAGCCAAUGUGAACUAUCACAACGUGGCCAUGGGCCAGGGGCAGGAUGAAAUUGCGCUGCAAAAGCUGGAGUUAGGAUCCAAGGAAGGACAUUGGGUGAUGCUGCAAAACAUUCAUUUGAUGCCCUCGUGGUGCGCUGUACUGGAGAAGAGAUUGGAUGCCUAUGCUGUCGAGAACAGCAAUCCCUACUUCCGACUCUUCCUCUCAGCCGAUCCUUCGGUGGGGAUCCCCAUCAGCCUCCUGGAGCGCUCGAUCAAGUUGACCAACGAACCGCCGCAGGGGCUGCUGGCGAACCUCAGGAGAUCCUUUGCCCUCUUCAACCGUGAGGAGUUUGAUGAACGCGACAGCAAGAUCAAGUCCAUCUUGUUUGCCCUGUGUCACUUCCACAGCUUGAUGUUGGAACGAAAGAAGUUUGGCCCCUUGGGCUACAAUAUGAAGUAUCCUUUCUCCAACGGAGAUCUGCGGGAUUCGGCGUCGGUGCUGUACAAUUACCUGGAGGGAUCCACUGCGGUGAAAAUCCCAUGGGAAGAUUUGCGCUACAUUUUCGGUGAGAUCAUGUAUGGAGGCCACAUUGUGGAUGACUGGGAUCGAAGAAUGUGUGAGAAAUAUUUGAGUUACUUCAUGCAGGACGAAAUCUUGGACGAGAUGGAAUUGGUGCCUUAUGCAGAUGGGCUCAGCUGGAAAUCCCCUGGCCCUGGAACACACGAGAAGUACCUAGAACACAUCGAGACGAUGCCCCCGGAGUCUCCCUUGUUCUUCGGGAUGCAUCCUAAUGCAGAAAUCGACUUCCGUACCAAGAUGUGUCAAAGUAUCUUCGAGUUGCUUCAGUCCAUUCAACCGAAACAGGCUCCAGGGCAGGCGGAAGAGAUGUGCAACGAGAUCCUGGAUGAGGUUCGUGAAGUGAAAUACAAUGUGGAAGAAGUGGCCAGCCUUUCGGAACAGGAGAAGGGCCCGUACCAAUUCGUGCUGAUGCAGGAGUGCGACUGCAUGAACUGCUUGGUGCAUGAGAUGGUACGAGGAUUGAACGAAUUGCAACAGGGUUUCAAAGGUGAGUUGACCAUGAGCGAACACAUGGAGCAUCUCGCAGAUGCCUUGACAGAGCACACGUUGCCCGUGUGGUGGGUGAAGCUGGGAUUUCCUUCCACGAGACCUCUCAGGAGUUGGCUGGUGAAUUUGAAGGAUCGCUGCGCCCAGCUGGACGAGUGGUUCGAGGAGCCAAGGAUCAUCCCGAAGGUCAUUGACGUGUCAAAGCUUUUCAAUCCUCAGAGUUUUCUCACCGCCAUCAAGCAAGUGUGCUGUCAGAACCAGAAGCUGGAACUGGAUCGAUUGCAUGUCUACACCGAGGUGACGAAACGCAUCGAUCCUAAAUCCGUCGACAGUGUGGCACGCGAUGGGGCCUAUGUCACUGGCAUGUACCUAGAAGGAGCGCGCUGGGAUGCCAACACCAACUGCCUAGAGGACUCGCGGCCCAAGGAGAUGUUCACUCGGUUGCCUGUGAUCAACUGCAAGGCGGGUCUUUCACAGGAGCGCGAGGACAAAAACGUCUACCUCUGCCCGACCUAUGCUGUGCCAACCAGGAGGCCUCACUUCGUUUUCGUGGCCCAGCUGCGCACCAAGCAGCCGGCCGCCAAAUGGACGCUGGCGGGGGUGGCCAUCAUCCUGGAUAUCGGAAGUUAACAUCAAUGAGAGCGUGAUUUUGGAAAUGGAAUCGUCUCCCCGAUUUGGCAGGGUGAUCAGCAUCCUCUUGUCACCAGAUUGAUGAAAUCGGAAAACCUGCCAAUUCCCGAUCAGAAUGAUCAGAAUGAUCAGAAAUGUCGUAAGGUAAAACGUUUUUUUGUAAGAUCAUUGUAAGACUAGUUUGAUUGCGCGGUGUCCCCGGCUAAAAAUGCCUCCGCCACUGGCGCAUGCGCGAAAGUCGCAACUUGGUCCGGAGCUCCUACCGUUUUGGUCCGUGGUGGACACAAAAUCGUC